UUCUAUCAAAAAAUUGUUUACUGCAUUUAACUACGAUGUCUGAUGAAAAUGAAAAUCUCAGUAAUGCGGAGACACAGUUAUUGCUGAGAGUACGGUUGAAUAUGGAGGACGAGUUUAAAUCGGGUAGAAGGAAAAAAAAUGUAUUGUGGGAGAAAGUUGUGACCGAAGUUAAAAAUGUAAAUCCCAAUAUAAGACUGGACAGCACCACAGCGCAGAGAAAAUUCUUAAAUCUCUUGGUAACGUACAAGCGCAUUAAGAAAACAAAUAAUUCUUCCGGUAGAGAAGCUACAUCCUGGAGGUAUUUUGAGGACUUCGACGAAGUUUUGUACCUAAAUUUUCAUUUUAUGUUGCCACUGAUGCUUAUGCUGCAAGUAAUGUCGCAUUUACGAACACAGCCACUGUCUCCAGCGAUAGUUGGCAAUACUUGA